GGCGACGCGGCCCGCGCGCUCCCCCAGCCCCUGCCCCGGCUGUGCGGGGCCCCGCCGGGCCCAGGGGCGGCGCAGCCGAGCGGGCGUGCUGAGCGCGGCACGGGUCCCCCGGGCGCCCCGGGCGCGAGCGAGAGCGAGGCACCACUCCAGCUGGGGACACCACUCUGAGUGAGAGCCACAGUCCCCGACCAUGCAUCACUGGCGGUCCUGGCAGCCGUCUCUGGAGGUCUGGCGCCAUGCCUGGACACCCCAAACUCUAGGCCAUAUCCCAGGCCGUCAGAGCAGCCCCUGGCCACUUCAGGGGUCACCCCCUCCCCUCUGCCCACUGCCCCACCAUGGCCGGGGACCGGCUUCCGCGCAAGGUAAUGGAUGCCAAGAAGCUGGCCAGCCUGCUGCGGGGAGGGCCCAGGGGGCCACUGGUCAUCGACAGCCGCUCCUUUGUGGAAUACAACAGCUGGCACGUGCUCAGCUCUGUCAACAUCUGCUGCUCCAAGCUGGUGAAGCGGCGGCUGCAGCAGGGCAAGGUGACCAUCGCAGAGCUUGUCCAGCCAGCUGCACGCAGCCAGGUGGAGGCCACAGAGCCACAGGACGUGGUUGUCUAUGACCAGAGCACAAGGGACGUCAGUGUGCUUGCUGCGGACAGCUUCCUCUCCAUCCUGCUCAGCAAGCUGGAUGGCUGCUUUGCCAGCGUGGCCAUCCUCACAGGGGGCUUUGCCACCUUCUCCUCCUGCUUCCCCGGCCUCUGUGAGGGCAAGCCUGCUGCUCUGCUACCCAUGAGCCUCUCCCAGCCCUGCCUGCCCGUGCCCAGUGUGGGCCUGACCCGCAUCCUGCCUCACCUCUACCUGGGCUCUCAGAAAGAUGUCCUGAACAAGGAUCUGAUGACCCAAAACGGAAUAAGCUACGUCCUCAAUGCCAGCAACUCCUGCCCCAAGCCGGACUUCAUCUGCGAGAGCCGCUUCAUGCGCAUUCCCAUCAACGACAACUACUGUGAAAAGCUGCUGCCCUGGCUGGACAAGUCCAUUGAGUUCAUAGAUAAAGCCAAGCUGUCCAGCUGCCAAGUCAUUGUCCACUGUCUGGCUGGCAUCUCCCGGUCCGCCACCAUCGCCAUCGCUUACAUCAUGAAGACCAUGGGCAUGUCCUCAGAUGACGCCUACAGGUUCGUGAAGGACCGGCGCCCAUCCAUUUCACCCAACUUCAACUUCCUUGGCCAGCUGCUGGAGUACGAGCGCAGCCUGAAGCUGCUGGCCGCCCUGCAGGGCGAUGGGGUGCCCCACCCGGGGGCGGCCGAGCCCCUCCCAGGCCCCACAGCCCCACUGCCACCGCUGCCACCACCUACCUCAGAGAGCGCUGCCACCGGGAGCGCGGCGGCCAGGGAGGGCUCCCCGAGCGUGGGCGGAGAGCCCCCGGCGCCCUCCUCCGCGCCCGCCACCAGCGCGCUGCAACAGGGCCUGCGCGGGCUGCACCUCUCCUCCGACCGCCUCCAGGACACCAACCGCCUCAAGCGUUCCUUCUCGUUGGACAUCAAGUCGGCCUAUGCCCCCAGCCGGCGGCCUGACGAUCCCGGGCCCCCCGACCCUGGCGAGGCCCCCAAACUCUGCAAGUUGGACAGCCCGUCAGGGGGCGCACUGGGCCUGCCCUCCCCCAGCCCCGACAGCCCGGAUGCGCCGGAGACACGCCCGCGGCUCCGACGUCGACCCAGGCCUCCAGCGGGCUCCCCGGCGCGCUCCCCCGCACACGGCCUCGCCCUGAACUUUGGGGACGCCAUCCGGCAGACUCCGCGGCACGGCCUGUCGGCCCUGUCGGCGCCCGGGCUGCCUGGCCCCAGCCAGCCGGCCGGCCCUGGGGGCUGGGCGCCACCGCUGGACUCCCCGGGCACGCCGUCGCCUGACGGGCCCUGGUGCUUCAGCCCCGAGGGCGCGCAGGGCGCGGGCAGCGCGCGGUUCGCACCCUUCGGCCGGGUGGGCAUACAGGGCACGGGCGGCAGCGACCUACGGCGGCGGGAGGCGGCAAGGGCCGAGCCCCGGGACGCGCGGACCGGCUGGCCAGACGAGCCGGCCCCGGAGACACAGUUCAAACGCCGAAGCUGCCAGAUGGAGUUCGAGGAGGGCAUGGUGGAGGGGCGCGCGCACGGCGAGGAGCUGGCUGCCUUGGGCAAGCAGGCCAGCUUCUCGGGCAGCGUGGAGGUCAUCGAGGUGUCCUGACGGCAGCCGGGAACCAACGCCCGGAGCCCUGCCUCUAGCCUUGGCUCCCACGGCGGGCAGCCAGCAGCUGGGCCCACCAUAAAUAUAUAUUAUAUAUAAUGCAAAGAAAGGUAAAUGGUUUUACUGCGAUUUUUAUCAAGAAGUAAAUAUUUCGAUUUUUUAUUUAUUUAAGCUGUUCAUUCUGGCAAUGAUUUGGCAACAGUGCGGGCGGCCCUCAGAGCUCUAUUUUUACUGUCUGGUAUUUAAGCUGAAACACACGUUUUUAAGCAAUAUGAGGCCACCUUCAGUUCCAAGCUGGGGUGACAGCCUGGGGUCCCCUCCCCACCCCCUCCCACCCUAGGAAACACUGCUGACCAUUGCAGAGAGGCUGCCAAGCUUUCAUGCACUUUUUACAUAAGAAAAAGGGGAAAAAAGGAAAAAAAUCUUUGCCACAAACUGAGCCGCAGAACCUCCUGCCCCCCACCCCCACCUCGCCUCUCCACCCUUCUUUGCUCCUUUCUCAGGCUCUGCACCAAAGCCAUAUAGAGGAGGUGUCCCCAGGAGCUGGGCUGUGGCAGAGGAGACUCUGCCAGCCCUUCACCAGCUUGAGGCACCAGAUCUUGGUGCCAUGGAGGUCACCCCACUGCCAGACCCCCCCAAGACCUGUUGCUUGGCAUUGGGCCUGGUGAGGUCGAGGCGUUUGGAGGGGCUGGGGUGCAGAGCAGGGUGGGAGCUUGGAGAAGGGUGCUCUUGAGUGUCUGGUGGUGUGGGUCCCCAGGGUGGGGAUGGAGGUGGACUGCCCCACACCUGCCUGAGCCUGGGUCCAGUUUCUGGGGCUCAGUAAGGCUGCUCAGAAGAGGGGCUUUGUGGGUACCCCCUCAGGCCCCCUGCCCAGAGUGGGGCAGUGGGGGUGAACAGCAGGAGGAGAGGGUCUGCAGCCCUAGGGAGCUGGCGCUUGCCGGCGCUAGCUCCACAGCUCUUGUCCGGGUCCUUCCUCCAACCAGCCCAGGACCCCAGGCCAGACUGGACAUUCGUGUCUAUCACUGCAGGUUGAGGGGUCUCCGGAGUGUCUGCCUUGCAGAGGGAGGGGGGCAGGUAACCUGUCAGGCGCUUAUGCUUCCAGGUGCUGGAGUCCUUAGCCUUGGGAGAGCCGCACCCGAGUAAAAUAAAGGCCCCUGAUGUGAGCAGAUGCAGGAGGUGUCCCCGCGUCCGCCCCACCCCACGGGGGCUCAGAGGGGAGAAGCCCCUUCCCUAGCUUUCCCAGGGGAUUCUCCUCUCUAGAGUCUCCCCUACGUCUAUUAAGGUGACAUGCCAGUCCCCACUCCCAGGUGCUUUCUUGGCCCAGGUGGGCCAGCCUGAGGGUGAGGGCAGGACAAAAGCCUCCACUACCCCCGCCCUACACCCUCUUGGGUCAUUGGGACCCAAGUCCUCUGGAUGCAGGAAAUGUCCCCUGACUUUCACAUGUCCUAGAAUCUAGGAGUGGGGGCUGGUCACCUUGGGAAGAGGCCGGAGGCAUGGCAGGAAGGUGGCCAGGCAGAACUGUGUCCUCAGGCUGGGCUGGGGGAAGUCCCUGUCCCCCAUGUCCCCAGCUACCCCUCUGGCUUGUUUCUUCUAUUUGUUCUUCUUUGGACCCACAGCCCUCUGUCCCUGUCAUCCCGCCUUUAAGCAGAAGUCCUCUUCCUGUUCUCUCUGUCCCCACCCUGUUCUUCAAGAAAAUAAGCUAUCAUUGUUGUAUUUGCAAUCUAUGGAUUAGAGGUUUAAGUAUUUAUUAUUAUUGGUUAAUUAUUAUUAUUAUUAUUGAUUAUGUAAAUCGCCUCCCGUCUGUAUCGCAUUGGGUUUCUGGGGUGACUCUGGGCGUGGAGGAUGCACUGGUCCCCUCCUCCACGUCCCCACCCCUAUGCUGUCCAGGAGACAGUGGUCUGGGGCCACUGGUUGGGCCCCAAAAUUCUGGAGACAGCCCCCUGUCCUUCCCUCACUCCAGGGCUGCCAGCAUCUCAUGGCUUCUGUUCUGGGGCAUGGAGGGCUCUUGCUCUUGAAGCUCCUGUCCCCUGUGCUAGGGGGACGGCACCAGCCACAAGCCCCUCGCUGGUCAUGUCUGCUGCUGUCCAUGGCAGGAGGCACUGGGCCCCAGGCCUCUCUAGGCCUUCCUCGGCCCCCUCCUGCUGGCCAGGGCCCUGGCGACGGAGUCAACCCAGAAGGGACCCACCUCCUCCUAUUAAGCGCUGGCAAGCCCAGCGGAGAGGCUGCAGGUUCCCCAGAGCUCCCAGUCUCUCUGGACUGGGCCUCCCGCCCUGCCUCAGGACCCGCCCCCAGCACGGCCACACUCUGCUCCCUGCCCCAGCCCCUUCUUUUGUAUUUGGAAACAAUGUGUUGUAAUAAAUCCUAAGAUGGAUGUUUUC